AUGUGGGACAGAAGGGUGGUUGAAAAGAUAAAGGAAGUAGUGGGGCAUUUUUCGAUUUCGUGUAGGUUCAAAAAUGUCAAUGACCAUUUUGAGUGGGCCUUCACAGGUAUCUAUGGUCCAAAUUUGAACAGGAAGCGUCAAUUUAUGUGGGAGGAAUUGGUUGGCUUGAACAAUUGGUGGAAUUUGCCAUGGUGUUUUGGAGGUGAUUUUAAUGUCAUCCGCUUUGGAUCGGAGAGGUUAGGGGCGGGAAGAUUUACUUGCUGCAUGAAUGAUUUUUCGGAUUUUAUUUCUCUUCAUGGGCUAAUGGAUAAUCCUUUGGAGGGAGGUCUUUACACAUGGUCUAACUCCAACUCAGCCUCUAGAAUAGAUCGGUUUCUCUUCUCUCCGGUUCUGGUAGAAUACUUCACUCAUUUCUCCCAAAAAAGGCUUCCUAGAGUGUUAUCCGAUCACUUCCCAAUUCUUUGGGAGAGUGGGAGUCAUCGAAGAGGGCGAAUUCCUUUUCGUUUUGAGAAUAUCUGGUUAAAGGCGAAGGGGUUUUUAGAUAAGAUGAAGUCCUGGUGGGAGAAUUACCAUUUUCAAAGGACUCCUAGUUACAUUCUUGCCAAGAAGUUGAUUGCUCUAAAAACGGACCUAAAGAAGUGGAACGAAACAAAUUUUGGCAAUAUCAUAGUCAAGAAGCAGCACUUAUGGAGUAAGUUGAAUGCUUUAGAUGUAAAAGAGGACAAUCAACCUCUAACAGAGGAGGAAAAAUUGGAAAAAGCAACCUUUCGAGCCAAUCUUGAGAAGGCAGCCUUGUUUGAGGAGAUUAGCUGGAGACAAAAGUCUAGAGUGUUGUUUUUAAAGGAGGGCGAUUCCAAUACGAGGUUUUUUUAUAGGAUGACUAAUUCUAAUAGAAGAAAUAAUUGUAUUGAAAACCUUAUGAUUGAUGGGUCUUUGUCUUCCAACUAG